GGCGAGAAGGCCAAAGAGGAGGACAGCUUGGUGGAGGCUGCAGGAAGGGGCGACCUGAACAAGGUGGAGGAGUUCUUGGCGGUCUACGACUACGAUCCCAACUAUUUGGAGAUUGGUAAAGAGACGUCCCGGUUCGCCCCAGAGCCUUCAGAGUUUCGCAGGCUCGCCGAAACGCGGGGGCUGCCCAGAGAUGGCAAAAGCCUGGGAACCACAGCCCUCAUUGCAGCGGCCGUCUCGGGCCACAGCCAUGUUGCUCGGGAGCUGCUGAAGUUCGGAGCCGAUGUAGAUGCGACAGAUUCCGAUGGACUCACAGCCCUCAUUGCAGCGGCCGUCUUGGGCCACAGCCAUGUUGCUCGGGAGCUGCUGAAGUUCGGAGCCGAUGUAGAUGCGACAGAUUCCGAUGGACUCACAGCGCUCUCGGCAGCUUUCUGCUCGCCGAAUUGCGACAUCCACAUGUGGUUUCUUCUGCAUCACGCCGUGGAUCAGGAGCGAAAGAAGACUGCGCAGAGUUCGCGGAUGGACGAGAAGCGGACCUUGCGCAUGCUCGUGUCACUGCUGCGUGGAGAAGGGCAGAAUUUCACAGAAAUGGUUAGUGGCUUGCUGAAAGAGGUUGAACCGGGACAAUUCCGUUCUGAGAGAUUGAAGGAACGCGUACGCACGGUCCUUUGCGACUAUGCAUGGGACACGCAGGGGGUGCAGAAUUUUUUUGAGGGUCGUCGAAAGUCCAUGUACGGCUUUGCAGACGUCAUAAAAAAGAAGUCGGAAGAUGUCGAUGCAUUCAAUCUGAGCUGGCACAAUAUGCUCUAUGCCAAGGAAGUACAAGUGUCCUUGCGAAGCCUACCCAUCGCGGCACCUCUGGCAUGCAAGCCGUCGGUGCUUGCAGCACUGGCAGAGACCGAAAACGAGGAGACACUAGAAACAGAAGCUGUGGAAGCCAUCACCGCAGCGGCGUGGCUUCAGAUGCGCAUGGCCACCGCCGUGGACAGUUUCCUGAACUGCGUGGCUUUGGGAUGUUUGUGUUUGGCAACUUGGGCAUGCCGCUACGGAGGUAUGGAUGCCCAGCCUGCACUAUGGGUCCUGGCAAUCAUACAGUUCAAAGAGGCUGCGGAAUUGCUCUCGCAGCUUGGUUUCUACUGCUGGAGCCGUCUGUCCCGCAGACGCAAGGAGCGGGCUGAACUGUGUCGCGCGCAUGUGGAUCGCGUGAAUGGAAAGGACGUGAAGCUGCUGGGUGAUGCAGAUAUCUUGUGGGUUCAUCCUGCACCCAGCUUGGAAACUCUGGUUGAUCUGCUCUUCUUGGCAGCCGGCUCGGGUGCGAUCUAUCGCCAGAUGGAUCUCUGUGUCAAUCAAGAGUUGGAGCCUAUCUUCUUGCCAGGCUUUUGUUCGAUGUGCUGGCUCCGACUCUUGUACAGCCUUCGUGGAGAGCGGUGGCUGGGCUAUUAUUUUCUGCCCAUUCUGUUAGCCGUUCGAGACACGGGGCCGUUCUUCUUCGUCACCUCCCUCUGCAUCGCCAGUGCGACCCAUGCCUACGUGAUCAUGAACCCGCGAGGCGAGGACGAUUUUCCUGUGUACUCUGCAUUCACACACACAGUCCGAUUAGCCAUCUUCGGGGACUUUGACCUCUUUGAAUACCAGGGCCAAGACACUACCUUUGAGCAAGUAGAGGGCGAGUGGGCACCGAAUGACCCUAGUCCGAAAGACUUGGAGCAGCGCUCGUACAUCUACCUGCAGUUCUGCUUCUUCUGCACCGGGAUUGGCAUUACGGUGCUGCUCAUGAACCUGCUACUCUGGUGCAUGGUAG